UACAAUUGCGUAUUGUUAACUGAAGUCGCACGCACUGUCAAUAGUUUCGCAAGAGAUGGCUGCUCAUUCCUUGGCCAAUCUUCCAUGGAUGCCUCCAGCAUUCACUGAAUCCAAGCUUCAUGGAACAAGACCCAAAUCUCUAUUACCUCACUCUCUUAAACACUACUCUUCUCGAAAAACAUCAUGGUUGGGCAGUUCCACCACCCACAUGGCCAAUUUCUCUGUUCAGUCCUCAAAUCCUGCCCGCCGUCCCAUCUCCGCGACGGCCCUCUCCAGCCUUCCCACUGCGUUUUUGCAGGAAUCCAGAGAGAUUUGCUUCCAUUGAGAAAGUUCCCAAGUGGUCAUGGAGGGCAAUUAAGGCAUUUUCAAUGGCUGAACUAGAAGCUAGAAAACUCAAGUAUGCAAAUACUGGGACUGAGGCUCUUCUUUUGGGGAUUUUGAUUGAAGGGACUAGUCUAGCUGCUAAAUAUUUAUGGAAAAAUGGAAUUACUCUUUUGAAAGUGCGUGAAGAGACUAUCAAGUUACUCGGUAAAGCUGAUAUGUACUUCUUCCCUCCUGAGCAGCCUCCUUUGACUGAAUCAGGUCAGAGAGCCCUUGAUUGGGCUGUUGAUCAUAAACUAAAAUCAGGGGAUAGCGGGGAGAUUACAACGAGUGAUCUGCUUCUUGGCAUUUGGUCGGAGGUGGAAUCCCCAGGUCACAAGAUAUUGGCUGCACUUGGCUUUAGUGAUGAGAAAGCCAAAGAGCUGGAGUCUUUAAGUUCUGGACCGGAGUUUCUAGAUGGAUGAUAGUCUUGUCAUUCUUGUAUGGAUAAAAACAUAAAUAUCAUUAUGGAUAAAAUCAUAAAAAUCAUUUCAUUUUUCAAGAAGUUAGCCGAUAGGCUGUUUAAGUUGUUUUCUACUUGGUUAAAUGCCUGACUGAGAAUUCAAUGUGCUGUGUUUUCCUUUAAUUGGUUCAGGGUCCGAUUAAGAGCUGAUUUUCUUGCUUAA